AUGUCUGAAUUACAUUGUGUUUUUUCACCGGUGUUCCCUGUGGAUAAAGACGUUGAUGUUGCACAGGAUGCUGAACCUUUGGCUCAUACUUCUUCCAUACAAGUGUUUGUACAGUUAGCGGAACCAGUGGUUUUCAUACAGGGAUUCCAUUCGUCACAGCAGAAUGAUAGACCACCUAGCAUUCUAAGAGGUUCAUUGGUACUGCGAGUGUUGAAACCAACAAAGCUGAAAAGUGUUUCUUUGUCAUUCAAGGGGUUUUCGAGAACUGAAUGGCCAGAAGGUAUACCUCCGAAAAGACAAGAUUUUGUUGAGAUUAAUGAUAUUGUAAAUCAUACUUGGCCUUUUUAUCAAGCUCAUAACAGAAAUUCGUAUGACCAAUCUGCAAGGAAAAGUUCAUCAGACGGCAACCUUGAUGCUGAUCAUGCUCAUUUGUUACAUGAAAGUGGCGCAUCCCUCUACAAAACUUUAUCACAGACAGCGAGCCGCAAGAACAAACGUCAGAGCGUUUCAUCUACAAAUGGUAUAUCAUCGCUAUCUUUGGCUUCGAACGGUGGUGGCGAUAACAGAAGUAUUACGGAUGCCGCAUCUGGUUCUGGUAGAAGCUUGUCUCCCAUGUUCCUACUUCGAAGAGCUACUUCGCCAGGGCCAAAAGCAGAUGAUCAUCGUACUCAUAGAUCUUCCACAACUACUUCUCUUAUUUCGGAUUUAUUAAGUGGUACUUUUUCAACUCCAGCCGACACUACAUCAUCAAAUUCAUCUAAUAGUGACAACCACCACGGGAACGAUCACGGGAAUGCCAGCGGGUCUGGUAGUGAGCAAUUUAUAUUCCAACCGGGAGAAUACAUAUACACUUUUGAGCAAGCUAUUCCGUCCUCCUAUCCUGAGAGUGUUAAAGCUGAUUUUGGGUUUGUUGAAUACCAAUUAUUUGUCAGUAUAGAAAGGUUCGGUGCUUUUAAAUCUAAUUUAACUGCCCGGUUACCUGUUACCUUAGUGCGUGCUCAAGCCGAUACAUCAGUGGAGGAAACAGAACCAAUUGCCAUUUCUCGAGAUUGGGAAAGCCAAUUACACUAUGAUAUUGUCAUAGCUUCAAAAGAUAUCAUUUUGGAUGCUUUUCUACCGAUAGCGUUCCAUUUCUCGCCAAUGGACAAAGUCACUCUGCACCGGAUUAGAGUUUAUCUUACAGAAACAAUGGAAUACUACUGUAGAAAUAAGAAGGUUCACAGAAUGGAGCCGACUAAAAAGUUUUUGUUAGCUGAGCAUGAUGGCCCACGAUUGCCAGGGACAUCGGAUAGUGGCGCUUUGAAGGCUAAGAAUAUGGGUAAUCUGCUUUUGGAUGAAAAAAGUGGUGACCUUGUGAACAAAAACUUCGAAUAUCAAGUUUUCGUUCCAAGCGUCUUGAGUAAUAAUCAGCGCUUACACCCGGAUACUGCAUUUGACAACAUCAAGGCUAACCAUUGGAUCAAGCUUUGCUUACGUCUUUCGAAAAUGGUUGACGGGAAGAGGAAACACUAUGAAAUUAGCAUAGAUUCCCCGAUCCACGUUUUACACAAACUAUGUUCACAUGCAAAUACACUUUUGCCCAGCUAUGAUAGUCACAUCACCACAAAUGAACAGGCCCUUUCUUCUUGUCCAAAAUUUGGUAAUACAUCCGACGUGAACAUUUAUCAUGACUCUAACAUUUUCUUUCCAAAGGAAGUUUUACAAUCGCCGAUGUUAUCUCCCGAGGUUCAUCCUUUGGACUUGAACCUUGAACAGCGGUCAAUGACUGCAAGCCCGAGAUCACGUCGUGUUCGUCGUGAUACAAGAACUGAAGACACUUCGAUGCUCUUGUCUCCUUCGUUCAAAGCAAAUAUAUAUCAACCGGACCAGAUUCAAAGAGAAUUGACAUCGCCUCAAGCCCUGCCUCUUUCUCCUAUGACCUCACCGCCAAUGAGGCCUCUACACCCAUCAGAGGCCCCUCCCGCAUUCGAAAGUGAGGUAUAUUCCCUUCCAACGUUGAAUAAUAGCGGGGAAAUGCCACGAGAUCCUCCAUCGUACGGUGAUGUCUUGAAAGCGGAUGGCGUCGAAUCUACUUAUCGCUCCCCGAAUAGUGUAAACCAAAGUAUCCCAAAGAUCACAUUUGGUAGAUCAGAAGAACAUUGGAUGGAAACACCAGCCUUCCACCGUCGCGUCUGUCACUUCAAGCAAAAAAAAGUAGUGGAUAUUCAUCCUCGGAGCAAUAUGAAGACCGCUGAGGAUGACGAUGAUGAUAUCACUUCUGGUUUCAGUUUUCAAGGUGUGUCUCAAGCCUCUCCCAAUUUACCUAGUGCUGUGCUGAAAUCACCAGCGGUGAAGCCGCUGAAUCUGAAUGUUGACGUAAAAAGAGAACGUGCAAUGAGCCUUACUGAUAAUUUACCAUCAACGGUAAGAAAUGCCAGUUCGUCUUUCAACGACAUGAGUGCAGUGCUGGCGGGUGGUAAUGAAAACAGUGAGGAAAGUGGUCUUUCGAGGGUAGCAACCAAUUGCUCCAAGAGUUCAUCUUUCGGUAAGUCACCCAGAUCGUCAAUGGACAGCAAUACGUCCUUCACCAAUAGAACUAACAUGGAGCCACUUCUCCAUCAUACAGAAACUCAACGGAACGUCAGCGUAGAUGACAUCGUAUUCCAGUCGAGAGAUUCGAUUAACAACUAUGCAAACAUACCGGUAGACAGCUCGAUUGACAUCACUGCGCUGUACGACCGGAAUUCCAAUGCUUGGCAUCCUUUACAGGCUGGAGUUGACAAUGCUCUAUCUCCAGCUGUAAGCCCCCGAAACUCGAUAGCGGUUGCAAACUCCAACCAGGUCUUAGAUGACUUCAAGAAUGCCCUUCGUGAUGAUAAUGAUUUAGGGAACGACGGCCGUGAAGAUAGUGUCAGUACUUUGAGACAGAGUGGAGAAACUUCUGGUGAAUCUUCUUCCGGUCGCACAGCUGACUCUAUCCAGGAACCUCCACGGCGGCCGGAAUCCGGCGACAAACAGCUUAUAAAUCAUACUGAUAGAGAAACAACCUACCAAUCAAUUGACGGUGGUCUUAAUUGA